AAAAACAACUUCCACUUUCCCUGCGUGAAACACAACCUCCUGCGGUGCUGCUGAUAGAUGCUGAUCUGGAGGAUAAACCCAGUUUACGUACAGGAUUAGAGAGCGAGGGUUUCGUGAAGGAUUGUGUGACAGAGGCUCUUUGUACUCAUGGAUCGCCUUGACGGAUCUCCUGGGCAGUUCAGGAACUUCAAGAAGGACGACUUUGAGGCUGACUGGAUUAAGGUGGCAGAAUGUAGAUUUAGUCAAGUGUACCAGGUCAAGCUCAAGCUCUGGCGGGAAAAAUGUGCCCUGAAAAGUUUUGAUGGAGCUUUGUGUGCCAACAACUUUUACAGGAGAAUUAUAGAUGAGGCGCACAACAUAGCCAAGCUGAAAUUCAAGUACAUCAUGUCCAUCUACGGACUGUGCAGUGAAGCAACUGCUGUUGUGAUGGAGUACAUGAGUAAUGGAUCCUUGAACAAUCUCCUAGCCAGCCACACUUUGAUGUGGCCAAAGAAGUUUCAGAUGAUUCACGAGGCCUCAAUGGGUAUGAAUUUCCUUCAUAGCAUGAAACCUCCACUACUCCAUCUUAACCUCAAAACUUCCAAUAUCCUACUCGACGAUCACCUCCAUGUCAAGAUUUCAGAUUUUGGUUUAAUCCACUGGGAAGAAGGCAUGAGCAAGAUGUUCAUGGAGCGUCUGACAGCAAGAGGGAACAUAAGUUACAUUCCUCCAGAGACCUUUACUCAGUGCCCAGAUCCUCCAGGAACUACCUUUGAUGUUUACAGUUUUGGGAUUGUGAUGUGGGAGAUUCUGACUCAGCAGAAACCGUAUGCAGGAUGCAGCAUGACCACAGUGCUCUUACAGGUGUCAGAAGGGAAGAGGCCCUGUGUGGAGAUGAUACCCGAUGAGAAACCGCCUGAGUGUGAUCAAAUGGUCAGCAUCAUGAACCAGUGCUGGGAUCAGGAUCGCAGGAAGAGGCCACAGUUCUCAGACACUGUGAGGAGAACUGAAGCUCUGAGUGAAGUCCUGAAGAUCGCAGGACCGAUUCAGAAUAACAAAAAUGGUGACAUGGGACAGAAAUCAAGUUAUCCUUGGCUAGUUUCCCCGAUACAUAAACUCUCCUUGCCUGAGAUGCCCAUCUUCCCUUCAGAUAACCAAAAUGGCCAGGAUGGUAUUCUCUCUUUGCUAUCCCAAAAGGACUUUGGUAGUUUCAGGCAGUCUGUGAAAAAAGAACAUGUGUACACACAGUUCUCAGGCAAAAAGAGUCUCCUUCACUACACAGUAGCCAGUGGUGAUUCCGAGAGUGUUGAGCACGUCCUCAGUCUGGGUGCUGAAGUCAACUGCACGACGGCCAGAGGUUACACUCCUCUUAUUAUUGCUGUUCUGCACAGGUUCCACGACAUCAGCUCUUUGUUGCUGGAACAUGGUGCAGCUGCUACUCAGGGAGAUGACGAUAGGUGGACGCCACUCCAUUUUGUUGCUCAGAAUGGUGAUGACAGGACUGUCCGUCUCCUUCUUGACAAAGGAGCUAAUGCAGAAGCCCGAGAAACAACAGGUUGGACGUCCCUCCACCUGGCCUGUCAGAACGGCCAUGAAACAGUGGUGCGCCUGCUGCUUUCACGGCUGUCUCAGGAUGCUGUAGUAGAACAGGAGGAGGCGCAAGGCAGGACGCCUCUCCACCUCGCCUCUGCCUACGGACAUCUAAACAUUGCCAGGCUCCUUCUUGGUCAGGGAGCAGAUCCCAAUGCUUCGGACUUGUCUCUGUCCACUGCUCUUCACUUAUCAGCCGAGCAAGGCCAUAACCGAGUAGUCAGAGAGCUGGUGAAGAAUGGGGCAAGUACCAACAGUGCAGACGGUAGAGGAUACACUCCGCUUCACUUGGCUGCUCUUAAGGGACACACAGGCAUCUGCAGGCAGCUGUUGUCAUAUGGUGCCAGUCCUGACUCUAGGACCCUCCAAGGCUGGACCCCCAUGCACCUGGCUGCCCUGAGGGGACAUGAAGCUGUGGUGGUCCAGCUGGAGAGUAAGGGUGGUUCUGUGAAUGUAAAAGGUGAGAAUGGAUGGACUCCACUUCAUCUCGCAUGCCACCAGAGCGAGCCGGAAGUGGUGGCGAAGCUCCUGGCAGCCAAAGCCGACCCAAACACAACAGAGGACAGUGACGGAUGGACACCACUACAUGUUGCCUGCACUAGUGUCAGCUACCCAAGUGUCCUUCACUUGAUAACUCAUCAUGCAGAUGUCAACGCCCUAAACUCAAGGAAGGCAACACCUUUGCACCUGGCUGCACAGCAUAGCUGUGUGCCCAUUGUAAAAGCUCUAUUGCUUAAUGGAGCCGACAGGACACUGGUGGAUUCCUCUGGAUCCACAGCUGUAAAUGUGGCCCAGCGGUGUGAAAAAUGGGAAAUAGUUCAACUACUGGAAAAGGGAUGUUAACUGUGAACCUGUUGAAAAGGAAGGAUUACAGUAAAAUGAAAACAUCUGUGACAGAGCUGGAAUAUUAUCCUCCUUUCGAGUAGAACUUUCAUUAAGAAGCUUAAAGCAAGAUAUUGAAGAUUUUGAAACGUUCUAUAUUUUUUAAGACUAGGUUUUUACUCUUCCAAAUCCACAAAGACUUUUCACUCCAUUAUACUCAAGAAAAUCUAGUUUAUAAAAUAAUCAAAUAAAAACCACUGAAUGAGAAGGUUUGUCCAAACUCUUGACUCGUAGGGUAUUUCACAAAUGCCCCUGUAAUUUUUAUCUUUUGGCAAUUAUUACUUUGCUACAGUUAAAGAGCUGCCACACAAGGUUUUGUCAUUUAUGCCAAAUCAGACCUUUGUGGUAUAAUUAUUGUUAAACAUGAGAUUGAGUCAACACAUGUGGUCAGAAUCAGGUGAAGUAGACUAAAAUGACAAAACAUAUGGAUUCUCCUCUUGGAACCAGCCUGAUUGCCUGCUUCUGCUUGCCUGCUUCUUUUUGUAUGCUUUCGAGGUGGAAGGCCGAAGAGCUGCAGCUAUGAUGAUGUACAGUGGCAUUCAUUUGAUUAAACCUGUCAAACUUUAUGAAGGUAUUUCUCUAAUCUUCUGGUUGAAACACAGUUGGCAGAACUGCUAUUGGUGCUUUUAACAACAUACAGUGAAAUCCCCUCUGACUUAAAAUGUGUAUAUGUUAUAUGACAAGCCAAAAUAAUUGAUUAUCAGUCAUUCUCCACAGACUGAGGGAAGCACUGGCCAGCUUAUGCCACACUCAUUUACCACACCGACACCUUAUUAAAUUGAAAUGAAAUGCAUGAAUUCACAAGCUGUAUUGACCUACACAUUCACAGGGAUUUCCCCCCCAAACCACAAAAGACCGACUCUGAUAGAGAAGGAAGGAGCUGAGCUGAAUCAAAUUACUGUAAAUGAACAGAGCCGAGUUAAAUUGGACUCAGACUUGCUAAGGGAAUGUCUGCUGUGUCAUUUUUAAAUAGUUAUGUUACUCUUAAUCCUUUUUUUUUUUUUUACUAACCCUGAGUAUAAAAGUUGCUGUCUGAAUGUGUGCUUGAGUUGUCUCUCAGCCAUUUUUAAAUGUUUGUAUCAGGGCAAUAUUAAACUUUCAGACCUUUCUAACCUUGUAACACUAAGAUAUUGGUUAAUUGAAUGACAACACAUACUUAUUUACUACACUGCUUGUUACUUGUUUGUCCUGUUUUAAGUUACUGUAUUGUUUUUAAGUUAUUUUUUUAAAUUGUUUUACUAUGAAUCACUUUGGUCACCCUUUGGGCUGUUGUAAAGGUUUAUACAAAUAAACUUUGGUUGAUUGAUUGAUUACUUUAGGUGUAGCUACUUCACAAUAAAAGCCAUACACUGAGAGAGA